UCUGCGUCUUCUUCGUAGAGACCUCUCCUUCGCUUCUCCGCCAUUUUUCGCCCCGAGAGCAGCUCGAAACACUUCAUGGUCGGGGUUAGGGUUAGGGUUAGUGUUUCUAUCCGAAGAAGAAGAGGCGCCGGUCCGAAGGAGUCGAGCGAUCGCGCGGCGUAUCCGGUUCGAUUCCCAUGUGUUGCCCCUCUCUCUUUACCCGAUUAUCGCUGUAGAUCAUAUGAUAUUUGAGUUUUUUGGUAGAUUAUUUUGUUAUAUUGCGAAUUUAGUGAUCUCCCGAUCGAAAUGAUCCGUUUCUACUCGUUGUCGCGAUCGGAUUGAGAUAGAAAAUGUCUGAAUCCGUCGCUACGGGGCAUCUCGGAUCGGGGUGGGUGAUCUCGUGGUUUUUGAGCGAUAUGUGAAUGGGUUGUUGAGGGGGAUUUGAUCGUGGAGGCGUGUAGAAUGGUUGUGCGGAGGGCGCGGCGGCGGCGGCAGAGAUGGUGAGCGGUAGCUUUAGCCGGAGCACAUCGAUUCGCCUCACGCCGAGGAGUGUGGGGAGCCCUAGGGUUUCGUCUCAUCGGAAAUGGUGGGCGCAUGGCCCGUCGAUCAGCGCACUGGCCGUGACGUUCUUCCUGGUCUCCAUUGUUCUGGUUGUUGGAUGUGUGCUGUAUCUGUAUUUCGUUCGCUACUUGAAUCGCGAGAACUUGGUUUCCGGAUUCCCCGGUGAGGCGGAUGCGUGCGAUGUGUUUGACGGUAGCUGGGUCGCUGACGGGACGUAUCCGCUGUACAACAGUUCGGAGUGCCCCUUUGCUGAAAGAGGGUUUAAUUGUUUGGCAAAUGGGAGAAAGGAUAUGGACUAUUUGAAGUGGAGGUGGAAGCCGCGGAAUUGCGAUGUGCCCAAAUUUAAUGCACCUGAUGUCUUGGAAUGGCUUAGAGGGAAGAGGGUUGUUUUCGUUGGUGAUUCGAUGAGCCGCACGCAGUGGGAGUCUUUUAUUUGUAUGCUCAUGACCGGGGUUCGGGAUCCGCAGAGUGUUUACGAGGUCAAUGGGAAUCAGAUCUCAAAGACCAUUCGCUUCUUGGGUGUUCGGUUCCCAGAUUUCAAUUUGAGUGUGGAGUUCUUCCGGUCUGUGUUUCUUGUACAGCCGGGCCUGCCACCUUGGCACGGGCCCAAACGAGUCCAUUCAACGCUCAAGCUAGAUAAGAUGGAUGAGAUAAAUGGGAAGUGGGUUGAUUCGGAUGUCCUUAUUUUUAACUCUGGCCACUGGUGGACUCCAAGUAAAUUGUUUGACAUGGGUUGCUAUUUCCAGGUUGGAGGAACGCUCAAGCUUGGAAUGCCUAUCAAUGCGGCCUUCAGAACGGCUUUGGACACAUGGGCAUUGUGGGUAGAAAAAAUGGUGGACAUGAACAGAACUCAUGUCUUUUUCCGGACUUUUGAGCCUUCUCACUGGAGCGGCUCAAACCAAAAACUGUGUGAAGUAACUGAACAGCCUUCCUCCGAGCUGAAGGGAAACGAUGGGAGUGAGUUCGGGGACAUCUUAGCUGACGUGACAGAGAGGAUGAGAGUUCCUGUCACCGUAUUGAAUGUGACUUCAAUGGGAGCAUCCCGGAGCGAUGCCCAUAUUGGUAUUUAUAGCCAUCCCUCCACCAUUCUCGAUUGCAGCCAUUGGUGCCUUCCUGGAGUCCCAGAUGCUUGGAAUGAGCUUGUAUUCUCGUAUUUGCUGACAGAUGGUUGGAGAAAAAUGGUACGAUAAAAGUCAGGUUUGGUGGUUCUCUUUCUAUUUGUGCUUCCUUUUUUUUUUUCCGUUUUUCUUUUUCAAAUCAAAAGCAGCGCACUGCGAGGUAUGUUACUUUUGUCCAAUUUUUUAUAUUCUUUUUUCCCUUGAGUUCGUGAAUUAACUCCAAUGUGUAGUAUUUUGUAGCUUUAGUUUAUUUUUCCUAGAGGAAAGUGAAAUUACCGAGAUAGAUUGAUCGAUCGAUCGAUCGAUCGACCAUCUGAGGUGUAUGUAAUGGUAAUUGUUUUUAUAGAUGCCAACUUCAAUUUUGUUUUGUAUAGAAGACCUUCGUUUGAUCAAGCAAUUGAUUGAUCUGAGAUCUUGGUGCA